UUCUACUUUCUUGUAACCAACCACUACCAUUGUAUUGUGGUGAAAACCUGAUCUCCAAACAGCGUUUGUAUGGAUGACUAUAUCUCCCGUAUUAUGGUACGGACAGGCGUUUCGUUUUGAAAGGUACUGUUCACUAGAUAGACAGAAAGCGUUGCUAUUGACUGAGCAACAGUUAAUAACAAAUCACGGCCUCUAAGUAAAGUAUUAACUUGAUAAGGACGGGUUUCCCACAAAAAAGGAAUCGUUUAAGUGAAUUCCUGACCGACAAGAGGCUAUUCCGCACCAACGCCCGAAGCGAUAGGAUGCUGUGGGUGCUGUGAGUGACUGGGUGAUACAGGGUGGAGGCGUGGAGCACCAUGAGUCUGUAGGCAAAGCACCAAACCAGAGUUUCAGGGCUCCAUGGCAUAAGGCCGAGGGCCGGCCCCGCGCAUAGCGACCCCUACGUCCCCCUCCGCUUCUCCCCCACCCCCCUCCCCCCCGCUCCCUGGUGACGAGCCACGAGCUAGCUACCGCUGAGGCCGCUGUCGGACCGACACCAGGAGGAGGCCAGCGAGGGCCCCCCCCAGGAGCCAUGCCUGCCCUGUCCACCUCGUCAGGCCCGGAGCCAGGUCUGUAUGAGCUGCUGGCAGCACUGCCCUCCCAGCUCAACCCCUAUGUCAGCAGGCCGGAAGACAACACCUUUCUCCUGGAGAUGUUUGGGGAGAAGAGUCUGCACUCUCUGGUCAAGAUCCAUGAGUGUCUCCAGCACUACCGGGAGCAUAGGCCCACGCCCGCCCAAGACAGUGGAGCUAUGGCCCGCGACUUGUCGGAGGAUCUGCAGGGAAAAGCAGCCAAUGGCGAAAUACAAGAGCUGGUGAAACUUCUGUCCAGGCCUCAUGUCCAGGGCCUGCUGUCGGUCCACGACAUGGUGGCACAGAAGAACUACGAGCCGGAGCUGCCGCCGCUGCCCGACGACAUCGACGACGACGAGGACUCGGUGAAGAUCAUCCGGCUGGUGAAGAACAAGGAGCCGCUGGGAGCGACCAUCAAGCGGGACGACGAGACGGGGGCCAUCCUGGUGGCGAGGAUCAUGAGGGGCGGAGCGGCGGACCGCAGCGGGCUGAUUCACGUGGGCGAUGAGCUGAAAGAAGUGAACGGGAUCCCUGUGGACGACAAGAAGCCAGAGGAAAUCAUCCGUAUUCUGGCUCAGUCCCAGGGGGCCAUCACCUUCAAGGUCAUUCCUGCCGCCAAGGAGGACGUGCCCGGCAGGGAGCCCAAGGUGAGGCCAGACACACUGACGGCACUACCAGCUCCCUCUAAUGGGACUACCCAUGCUCUUAUCUUCACUCCACGUACGGGUUUGUGUGGAAAUAAUGGUUGUCACCUGCAAUUGUGUUCAACCUUUUGGGACUACUUUUUGAGGCCAGAUGCCUGUGGGUGUGCAUCGACACAUCUUGCUUCAGGUUCAUUCAAGUCGCGUGUUUUCUAUGUGUCAUUUACAGAGCCCUUACCUCUGUCGUCCAAUAUUGUCAACUGCGUGGUUCGAGAUAGCCAAGUUUUUUUCUCUUAUUCCAUCAUCUUCCAAUGUACCCUCUUUAAACCCAUCAUUUCGUUUCUAACUUGGAUUAAUGUUCAUAUUUUUGCUGCGACUGCAUUCACAGCUGAGGACGCUGAAGAGGAAGCUGACUAUAGUGGACUCCACUUAGCCGGAUUCAGGAGAAGCUUCCGCCUCAGCCGCAGGAACAAGAAGACCAACAAGUCUAUGUACGUGUGCCAGAAGAGCGAGCUGUACGACAUGGCCGACGUGCCCACCUACGAGGAGGUCGCCCCCUACUGUCGGCCCAGCGGAGCUAGACACAGGCUGGUGGUCUUCGUCGGUCCUUCGGGGGUCGGCCUGAACGAGCUGAAGAGGAAGUUUGUUUUCUCGGACCCGCAGCACUUCAGUGUGACCGUGCCACGUAAGUUCAUUGUGUUUCUUCAUGUGUGUGUGUAUGUGCGUGUGCGCUCGUGUGCGCAUGUGUCUAGACACAUUGCUCUCACUCUGUCCUUUCAAAUCUCCUCGUAUGUUCAUGCCAUGACGUUAGACUGGUCUCCGUUGCAUGUGAUCUAUUCAUAUUUUUCGUCACAUUUAUGUUGUAUUAUCUCCACCUGUACACACGCAUCAUCAUUACAUCCCACUAUGUCCUGCGGCACGUUCCUCACACGCCUCCCCUCUCUGCAGACGUUGAAGCACCUGCGGACUGCAGAGUUCAAGCCCUUCGUGGUCUUCGUCAAGCCCCCGUCCGUGGAGAGACUGAGGGAGUCCCGGAGGAACGGGAAGGUCAUCUCCAACAAGGACGACCACGGCACCGCCAAGCCCUUCAUCGAGGAGGACUUUGAGGAGAUGGUGAGCGCUGCCCAGGUGAUGGAGAGCCAGUACAGCCACCUGUUUGAGCAGGUGAUCGUCAACGACGACCUGACCACGGCCUUCGGGGAGCUGAGGCAGGCCCUGAGGAAGAUAGAGACCGAGAAGCACUGGCUCCCAGUCAGUUGGACUCACUCCUGAAGGGUCUGGCUGCCGGUGGACCUUUGGCGGAGAGAAAUGGAAGGGCUUUCACACAAGUUUGCAGGGUUUUGAUUGGCAGAUAUCAGAUGCCACCAGGUUAAUACAGGUGGGCAAGCAUAGGUCCUUGAUCGGACCCUGGAUCUCCGAGGGUGACUAUCAACAACAAUAGAGUGAGGUCAGGCGUGGUCGGCAGAGGGACGUGGGACUGAAAGCCUGAGGGGAUCACACAUUUGUUGUUGUUGAUCUGAUACUGAUCUGACUGACUUACGUCUGUCUUCAGUCGGUUGAAUGUUCUUCUCCGUCCUGGCCGGGAGUCUCCUGAACACUGCACUGCACCUAUUAUCAGCAGUCUUUUUAGUCCGAUAGAUAGCCAAUCAAGCACGAUCUCGUUUAAUUAGUCUUUUGGUUUUCAUUUUUAGAUGCUUUUCUUUAUUUUUCUGAGUGGAGGGUUUGAACGCCCAUGUCGGUGAAGACCUCUGCCACUGUGACGAAAAGGAAGAAAUCAAAGAAAAACUGCCUUCUUACAAAAAAAAGAAAAAUCUGUCUCUGUGUGCUUUUACAAUGAGUUCAUGAACUGUUGAACCCAUGUCAAAAGAAACAUGGCCAGACAAGGGCAGUAGAUGUAAUAACAUUUUUUUAAGGAUCAAAAUAAUAUAUAAAUAUUUUAAUUAUUUUUUUAGAUGUUUGCUUUACCGACCUUUUUUUGUAUGCAUAUUUUGACCAUGGUCUGUGAAAAUCUCCAACCUGUGACGGCCUAACAACGGUUUCAACCUUAAGCCAUCAUGGGGUGGUGGUGUAAAUGAAAUUCCCCCAGCCCUGCCUCUUCUCCCAAAAAAAGCACAAAGAGGAGUCAUUCUCUUGAGGUGUUUUAUAUUCCAUUAAGGAACAAUUUAUUACCGACGCCACCACCCUCCGCAGAAAGGUUUCCCACCAUAACAAGUCCACUACACAUAGCACUAGCCCUCAGCUCUUUGGCUACGCUGGAUUGGAAGAAAAUGUUCAGAGGCCUGAACUUUGAGGUUUACGACUUAGAAAUACCAGCGGAGAAACGCCAAGUAGCCACCUGUGAAUUCUAGUUGGUCAUAAUAGGGAGUUUAUGGGUGUUGUUUAUUUUUUUAUGCAUCGUCAGUUUCUUAUACAUGUUCAUAUGCGUAUCUCUCUGAACAUCUCUGAUUUGCAUAUUUUGGUUUUGCGGGCUACUGAUGUUGAGAAGUUUGUAUAGAUAGGAUAACGGAGUAAUUGCUUUCGGAGACACUGCUUGCGUAGUUGUUCCCGCUUUCGAAGCACUCUCUGUAUACAUGUUGAACCCACGGUAGUCCUUCUUUUGAAGUGUAUAAUAUGAACUGCUUAUAUUUCCUCAUUUCACAGAAGAAAAAGAUUUUCUACACAUAAGAAAAAAACAUUAGGCCUUCUUUUUAUCUAAGUUUCACAAUGCACAUAUUUUCAACAGCUUCAAUGACUGUUGGUGGUGUUUAUUUCUCAGGUCCCAAACUUUUUUUGUCCACGGUUUAGUCUGUUUAUGUUGAAUUCACUUAUUUUUGCUAAAUUGUCUUAAUUUAUCUAAAUUCCACAAAAAGUACAAGGGAAAUCUAGCACAAGAUAUUUUUUGGCUAUUUCUUUUUGCGAUGCCACUAAAUAAGUUCACAUUAUAUUAUAGUGGUUUAUAUCAUCAUUUGAUGCACAUCCGUCUUAUCUAGAAAUAUCAGAGGUUUACAAUUUGUGUAUUUUUUCUCUUCCUUCUGUACUAUAUUAAAUAUUGUAUAUGAGGCAUA